ACGAACGUGCGAGUGGUCGUACGGACUCGUCCCUUCGCCUCCAGCAGCUCGGAGCUGUUCUCAGUGGAUGAAGAAAAGGAGGCCGUGGAGGUUAAGGUCCCACUGAAGCACGAGUCUUACCAGUUUAGGUUCAAUAAGGUGCUGCACAAUGCAUCCCAAGAAACUGUCUUCAACGAGUGUCUGCCCAAGAUUUUGCAGGGAGCAGUCGAAGGCUACAAUGGCACAGUUAUGGCCUAUGGACAGACCGGCGCGGGGAAGACAUACACGAUGUGUGGGAGUUUGCGGAGCUUUGAUUUGAGAGGCAUCAUUCCCCGUUCGAUUUCUUCUUUGUUUUCUCUCUUGGAAGAACAAACGGGGAUAGAGUUCUCCCUCUGUGUGUCCUACUGUGAAAUCUACUCCGAACUCAUUUUUGAUCUGCUGGCCGAAGGAGGACUAGAGGGACAAACCGGCACUGAGCUUCAGAUCCAGGAGGACUCCCGGGGUGGAUUGUCGGUUCGUGGGCUGUCUCAGCGUCCUUGUGGGUCAGUGUCUGAGGCGUUGAACUACUUUUACUUAGGGUCGAGCCUCCGCUCUGUCUCCUCCCACGGGAUCAACUCCCAGAGCAGCAGGAGUCACUGCAUCUUUACGGUCUAUAUACAGUGCAAAAGCACGGUGAAUACAGCAGAAGCCACAAAAAUCAGCAAGUUGCAUUUUGUGGAUCUCGCUGGAUGCGAGAGGCCCAAGAAAACGCAAACGGAGGGAGUGCUCCUCAAGGAGAGUGCAUUUAUUAACAAAAGCCUUUCGUUUCUAGAAAUGGUGGUGGUCGCCCUUGGAGAGAAAGGCAGAGAACACAUCCCUUACCGGUCAACCCGCCUGACACAUUUACUGAAGGAUACGAUUGGGGGAAACAGCAAUACGUGCUUGAUAGCAAACAUAUGGCCUGAGAAGGAACACCUCGAGGAAACACUCUCCACAUUGCGGUUUUCCUUGCGGAUGAUGCGGGUAGCCAAUAAGGCUGUGGUAAAUUUGGCGGUGGACCCGUUGGAUGUGGUCAAACGUCUUGAAAAGGAAGUUGCGCGUCUCAAGCAGGAGUUGCAAAUAAGCAACGCUCUCUUGGGGAAGCCACCUCAGUCCUUCGAAGCACCUAGCCCGGAAGAGAUCGAGGAGAUGCGGAAGGAGGCUACGCUAUUCUUGAAUGGCGAACAAGAAGCAAUACCCUUUAGCUCACUUAGGAAAAUGGAGGAGCUUCUGCACGUGAUUCGCUCCAUUUUUCAAGAGACGACAGCAGCAAUCAGGCGAGAAGCCUCAUAUUCAGGGUCUGUUGCCGCCUCUGUCCCACACAGCGAGAACUCGGUGGGGCACCAGGGGGCCCUCGAGCUCGCGGGGAACUCAAAGGCAGUAGGGGCCACUGCGCCAGCAAAGUCGGUGAAAGAACAGAGCAAGGCGAGCCAACAGGGGAGCCCACAAGGGGCACCCUCCUUAGCGCCGAAGCCAGUGCAAAGUGAGCUGCAGAGUACAAAGCUCAAUAGUGCAGGUGCCUUUCACUCAGAGGUGGGAUAUGAGGAUCCCUCAGUAGGUGGUCACUCCCUAGGAAUCGACCCAGACCAGUCCGAAAUAUGCCACACGCAAAAAGCCAAAGAAACCAGGCAGCCAACAUGCAGCGAGUAA